GUUAAAUGCCUCUCCAGCUGGAAUGACUCCCCCCUCAGCACUGAGCUCUGUCAUCCCAUAGCACUGCAAGCAGAGCGCGAACUUUUCUAACUCUUUUAAACUUUCUGUUGACUUUUAUUUUAUUUUUCAAGCGGAGCUUCUUUUUAGUCUGAAACAUGUUUUGGUUACUGCUGUGCGUAAUCGUAGCCUUUGCGUCCGUGCCGGCAGAUGCGCAAAUCUCCAGCCGGUAUGUUGUCGGAUGCCCUGCUCGGUGUGAUAAGUCGAUGUGUCCACGGCUACCAGCGGACUGCCCGGCAGGACAAACACUCGACGCCUGCCACUGCUGCCCGGUGUGCGCGUCCGGUGAAGGCGAAGCCUGCGGCGGCAGCGGGAAGCUCGGGGAUCCGGUGUGCGGAGAGGGGCUGGAGUGCUCGGUCUCCGGUGGGGUGGCAUACACCGUGACGGUGAGAAGGAGAAGUAAGGGUGGGAUUUGCGUGUGCAAAACCACCGAAGCGGUUUGCGGAAGCGAUGGGGUGUCCUACCGGAAUAUCUGCGAGCUGAAGAGGGUCAGCCGUCGGGCGCAGAAGCUGCAGCAGCCACCUGUUCUUUUCAUUCAGCGGGGAGCCUGCGGGAAAGCUCAGGACAAUCCAGACAGCCCAAGGCACAAAUACAACUUCAUUGCCGACGUGGUGGAGAGAAUUGCUCCGUCUGUGGUUCACAUUGAACUUUACCGCAAGAUGACUUAUUCCAAGCGGGAGGUGGCAGUUGCCAGUGGUUCUGGUUUUGUUGUAUCUGAAGAUGGCCAGAUUGUGACCAAUGCCCACGUGGUGGCCAACAAACACAGAGUGAAAGUGGAGCUAAAGAGUGGCGCCUCCUAUGAUGCCAAAAUCAAAGAUGUGGACGAGAAAUCGGACAUCGCCCUCAUUAAGAUUGAUGCACCGACCAAGCUUCCUGUACUUCUGCUGGGCCGUUCAUCAGAUCUGAGACCGGGAGAGUUUGUGGUUGCUAUUGGCAGCCCCUUUUCCCUCCAGAAUACGGUUACUACAGGAAUUGUCAGCACCACUCAGCGAGGGGGCAGAGAGCUGGGCCUUCGCAACUCUGACAUGGACUACAUUCAGACUGAUGCCAUCAUCAAUUAUGGCAAUUCUGGGGGGCCUCUGGUAAAUCUGGAUGGUGAAGUGAUUGGGAUCAACACAUUGAAGGUGACGGCAGGCAUCUCCUUCGCCAUACCUUCAGACAAGAUUCGACAGUUCCUGGCCGAAUCAUACGACAGGCAGUCCAGAGGGAGAACAGAAGCAAAGAAGAAGUAUAUUGGUGUGAGGAUGAUGACUCUCACUCCAGCGCUUGCCAAAGAACUGAAGACUCGACACCGUGACUUCCCUGACAUCACCUCGGGAGCUUAUGUUAUGGAGGUCAUUGCAAAGACACCAGCUGCAAUCGCUGGACUCAAAGAGCAUGAUGUCAUCAUCUCAAUCAACGGCCAGAGGAUUUCAACGGCAACUGAUGUCAGCGCUGCCAUCAAGAGAGAUGGCACCUUAAGAGUGGUUGUGCGCCGUGGCAAUGAAGACGCCAUCCUCACUGUUGUUCCCAUGGAAAUUGACCCUUGA